AUGGCGCCUCCGAACUCCCGUACAGUCCAAACGUCUGCGCGGCCUCAAUCGCAGCAGCGCUACACCUACCACAUAUCCGCCGCCUACUCUGCCAAAGGGCAGCGCCUGAAUCCUGAUCAGAAUCUCUACAACUACAACCCGUACAUGCGGGUAACCAAGACGGCCACCGAGCUUGCGAACGGGAAGAAGGACAAGCGCAAUCGGCCGCAGAGUGGUCAGGACGCUUUUCUCGUUAGUAACGUGGGAGACACUGGUGCGGUAGCUUUCGGCGUGGCGGACGGUGUGGGCGGGUGGACGGAUUCCGGCAUAGACCCAGCGGAUUUCUCGCAUUCGUUAUGCGACUAUAUGGCCAGCGCAGCCGGCGCAUUUCCGGACGGUUUCCCAGAGGGUCCUCUGCGGCCUAGGGACUUGCUGCAGCACGGUUUUCAAAGGGUCGUGCAGGAUAAGUCGAUAGAAGGCGGUGGGAGCACGGCAUGUAUAGCGACGGCAGAACCGGAUGGGCGCUUUGAGGUUGCCAAUCUGGGCGACUCUGGCUUCCUGCAGCUCGGCGUGAACGCAGUGCGGAACAUGUCUGAGCCACAAACACACGCAUUCAACACACCCUAUCAGCUCUCCAAGCUGCCCCCGAAGAUGCUUGCGCAGAUGGCUCUGUUCGGCGGCGGAGCAAAGCCGCUGCAAGACCUACCGAAGGACGCGCAGAUAUACAACCAUCAAGUCAAACACGGGGACGUUCUUGUCUUCGCGACAGACGGCGUAUGGGACAACAUCACCCCACAAGAGAUCUUGGGCGUUGUCAGCCGGCUGAUGAGCACCUUUGGCGGGUGGAGGAGUGCGGCGAAUGGUUUGGAAGUCAGCAAGAAGCUGAGCGCGCUCACGCAGAAGGGCGGCAUCAGCAAGUCUGGCGAGAAUACGCUGCAAGCUCUGCUAGCGCUAGCGAUUACGCAGGAAGCCAAGGCAGCCAGCUUGAACCAGCGACGGGAUGGGCCGUUCGCAAAGGCCGUUCAGAAGGAAUAUCCUAGUGAGAACUGGCACGGUGGGAAGCCGGACGACAUUUGUACAGUAGUCGCCAUCGCCGUGAUGGACGAAGCUCCGCGCGCGAAGCUAUGA